AUGGGCAAAGAAAAGACGCAUAUCAACAUUGUCGUCAUCGGACAUGUCGACUCCGGUAAAUCGACAACCACUGGACAUUUAAUUUACAAAUGUGGUGGUAUCGAUAAGCGUACAAUCGAGAAAUUCGAGAAGGAAGCCCAAGAAAUGGGUAAAGGUUCCUUCAAGUACGCUUGGGUACUCGACAAACUGAAGGCCGAACGUGAACGUGGUAUCACGAUCGAUAUCGCUCUUUGGAAGUUCGAGACGUCAAAGUUCUACAUCACCAUCAUUGAUGCACCAGGACAUCGUGAUUUCAUCAAGAACAUGAUUACUGGUACAUCUCAAGCCGAUUGCGCAGUACUUGUGGUGGCUUGCGGUACUGGAGAGUUUGAAGCCGGUAUCUCCAAGAAUGGACAGACUCGUGAGCACGCUCUGCUUGCUCAGACUCUUGGUGUAAAGCAACUCAUCGUUGCUUGCAACAAGAUGGACUCCACUGAGCCACCGUUCUCUGAAGCUCGUUUCAAUGAAAUCACCACCGAAGUGUCGAACUUCAUCAAGAAAAUCGGAUACAAUCCCAAGGCUGUGGCCUUUGUACCGAUUUCUGGAUUCAAUGGCGAUAACAUGCUUGAGCCAUCCGCAAACAUGCCUUGGUUCAAGGGAUGGAAUGUGGAGCGCAAGGAGGGUAAUGCCACUGGUAAAACUCUGCUUGAGGCUCUCGAUUCUAUUGUGCCACCACAGAGACCUACUGACAGGCCACUCCGUCUACCUCUGCAGGAUGUGUACAAGAUCGGAGGUAUUGGUACCGUCCCCGUGGGGCGUGUGGAGACCGGAAUCAUCAAGCCGGGUAUGGUUGUCACCUUCGCACCCCAGAACGUCACUACUGAAGUAAAGUCUGUUGAAAUGCACCACGAGUCACUGCCUGAGGCCGGACCUGGAGACAACGUUGGUUUCAACGUGAAGAACGUCUCCGUUAAGGAUAUCCGUCGUGGAUCCGUGUGCUCCGACUCGAAGAACGAUCCCGCCAAGGAGGCUCGCUCGUUCAAUGCUCAGGUUAUCAUCAUGAACCAUCCUGGACAGAUUGCUGCUGGUUACACUCCUGUGCUUGAUUGUCACACCGCACAUAUUGCAUGCAAGUUCAACGAGCUCAAGGAGAAGGUCGAUCGCCGUACCGGUAAGAAGGUCGAGGAUAACCCGAAAUUCCUCAAGUCCGGAGAUGCCGGAAUCGUCGAGCUGAUCCCCACAAAGCCACUUUGCGUCGAGUCGUUCACGGACUACGCACCUCUUGGUCGUUUCGCCGUUCGUGACAUGAGGCAAACGGUUGCUGUCGGUGUCAUCAAGUCUGUCGACAAGACCGAGGCUGCUGGAAAGGUGACGAAGGCAGCACAGAAGGCUGGAGUCGGAGCUAAGAAGAAAUAA